GGCGCUCGUUCCGGAGCAACACGAAGCCAUAGUAGACACGUUGUAGAUGCAUAUUGAGUCCAAACUUGCGCUGAUAUUAUUCACAUGAGUCUCCCAUCCAUAUCCGGUAGCCUUCGUUUCUGUCUUUGGCGCUUACAAGUUGUUCUACUUCCCGACACUCCUUGGUGGCUGGUGUUACGAGCCAUCCGAGACGUUGGAAGCACAGAGAAAGCUCAUGUGAUGAUGUGAAGACGACGCAAGUUUCCAGCAUUGCCUUCACUUCUCUUCCAUCUUCCGUAUGAUCGCGAGGCCCUGGGCCAAUAUCUCUUGGCUUCGUCAUGUGUGAGAGUCAGCUUGGCCGUUCAAAUUCCGAGUGAGACCAUAAACCUUGUACGGAGACCACGGUUACCAGGCCAUCUGGGAUGCUUUACCGGGUUUAGGGAUCUCCUCCAAUGCCAAAAUUAUACCGCCUCCCUCUUGUGCGUUGCAACGAGGCUGUGGAAUUUCGGAGCGCUCUGCCAAGUUUCGACCAAGGUAUAUAGACCUCUCCUCGCCCGCGCAACUCCAGCUCACCACCAAAACAACAUCCCGACUCUCCAGCAUAUCGAUCUUCCUCGCCACUACUUCACAUCUACCACCAUCCACAAUGCGCACAGCCACUACAACAUUCCUGGCGCUGGCCAGCUCGCUCUUCGCAAGCUCGGCAUACGGUUGUCUCUACUUCAACGCCACUCUCACAGACACCAAGCUUUCCGUUCACAGCUGGGACGAUGCGAACAACAACAACGCCACCAACGCCGAAGACAUCAUCUGCAAGGGCGACGAUCUGGAACAAAUGGCUCCAGGACAAUGGUCCGUUCCUUGCAAUCGCGCCGACAACGCCAAGAGUGACACCGUGUUCGAUGUCUUUCUAGAACCAAACACAAAGCGUUUCAUGGACAUCAUCUAUCGAUACUCGAACCCAGGAGCGGAAGGUCUCCAGCUGGCUGCAGGAGGCGAGAACCCAGACGAAUUCUUGUUCAACUUCCGAGUGGCCUCGGUGGACGGAAGCUUCUUCAAGUCCAGGGAGUUUUGCGGACAAUACGACAUCUUGAGGCUCAUCAAGCCCGAGGCUCUCAAGAACGAGUGCGACUCGCUGGACACAUGCUAAAGGAUGGAGCGAAGGAUCACAGAAAAAAAAAAUCGUGAUUCAAUUGGAAAAGAUGUCCAAUUGAAUCAAUCGAGGCAAAACUAGAAUUUGGAGAGAAUGUUCCUCACUCGAUAGUGUCUGAGGUUCCCAUGUACAUAGAAAGAGAGAGUAUGUGUCGCAUCGGUAGCCUACAAUAGUAAUCCCC